AGCCCUCGCUGUGACCCGAACCGGAGCCCCACACCCGAGGGCGCUGACUGGCUGCCAAGGCCACAUUUUUGGCUACAAGAGGUGCUGCCAGGUGCACAGCCCUGGGCAUGGGCCAUUUGAGCUGCAGGGGAAAGCCCACCACUGGUCCCAGCAAAGGUGCCUAGAAGAAUACGGUGCAGGACCCCCGUGGUGUCUCAAGAGGAGGGUGGGGGAACAGGUCAACAAAGGCUGAUGGGAGCUCCUGGUGUCAGCAGAGAUGGAACUUGGACUUGGAGGCCUUUCUGUGCCGUCCCACUGUCCCUGGCCUAGGCGGCAGGUUCCACUUUGUGUCUCCGCGCAGCCUGCCCUGUGGCCGACCCUGGCUGCUCUGGCUCUGCUGAGCAGCGUCGCAGAGGCCUCCCUGGGCCCUGCGCCCCGCAGCCCCGCCACCCGCGAAGGCCCAGCGCCAGUCCUGGCGCCCCUCGCCGGCCACCUGCUGGGGGGACGCACGGCCAGUUUGUGCGGUGGAAGAGCCCGGCGGCCGCCGCCUCCGCAGCACCCCGGGCCAGCACCCGCGCCGCCCGCGCCCCCGUCUGCUCCGCCCCGCGGGGGCCGCGCGGCGCGUGCCGGGGGUCGGGACAGCAGCGCACGGGCCGCGGGGGCGCGAGGCUGCCGCCUGCGCUCGCAGCUGGUGCCGGUGCGCGCGCUCGGCCUGGGCCACAGCUCUGAUGAGCUGGUGCGUUUCCGCUUCUGCAGCGGCUCCUGCCGCCGUGCGCGUUCCCCGCACGACCUCAGCCUGGCCAGCCUGCUGGGCGCCGGGGCCCUGCGGCCGCCCCCGGGCUCCCGGCCCGUCAGCCAGCCCUGCUGCCGACCCACACGCUAUGAGGCAGUCUCCUUCAUGGACGUCAACAGCACCUGGAGGACCGUGGACCGCCUCUCAGCCACCGCCUGCGGCUGCCUGGGCUGAGGGCUCUCUCCAGGGGUGUGCAUAUGGGACCCUUACCCGUGAAUCUUCCUGCCUGGGACCCUCCCGCAGGGCCACACU